GUCCGCCCACGCCAUGGCCGCCCGUUACCUCCGCGCUGCCCCGGCGCUCGGCCGCCUGCCCCGCUGCCCGCCGCCCGCCGCCGGCGCGGGGCAGCGCCGCCACUAUGCUGACAAGCGGAUCAAGGUGGCAAACCCGGUGGUGGAGAUGGAUGGGGACGAGAUGACACGGAUCAUCUGGGCCUUCAUUAAGGAGAAGCUCAUCCUGCCCAACGUGGAUGUCCAGUUAAAAUACUUCGACCUGGGGCUGCCACAUCGGGACAAGACGGACGACCAGGUCACCAUUGACUCAGCGCUGGCCACCCAGAAGUACAGCGUGGCUGUCAAGUGUGCCACCAUCACGCCUGAUGAAGCCAGGGUGGAAGAGUUCAAGCUGAAAAAGAUGUGGAAGAGCCCCAAUGGCACCAUCCGAAACAUCCUGGGAGGGACGGUGUUCCGGGAGCCCAUCAUCUGCAAGAACAUUCCUCGUCUGGUGCCCGGCUGGACCAAGCCCAUCACCAUUGGCCGCCAUGCCCACGGUGACCAGUACAAAGCCACCGACUUUGUGGUGAACAAGUCUGGGACAUUCAAGCUGGUCUUCACGCCAAAGGACGGCAGCGGGUCCAAGGAGUGGGAGGUGUUCAACUUCCCUGGUGGCGGUGUGGGCAUGGGCAUGUACAACACGGACGAGUCCAUCUCUGGCUUUGCGCACAGCUGCUUCCAGUACGCCAUCCAGAAGAAGUGGCCGCUCUACCUGAGCACUAAGAACACCAUCCUCAAGGCCUAUGACGGGCGCUUCAAGGACAUCUUCCAGGAGAUCUUUGAUAAGCACUACAAGACGGAGUUUGACAAGCUGAAGAUCUGGUACGAGCACCGGCUCAUCGAUGACAUGGUUGCCCAGAUGCUGAAAUCCUCCGGCGGCUUUGUCUGGGCCUGCAAGAACUACGACGGGGAUGUCCAGUCAGACAUCCUGGCCCAAGGGUUCGGCUCCCUGGGGCUGAUGACCUCUGUCCUGGUGUGUCCGGAUGGGAAGACCAUCGAGGCCGAGGCCGCCCACGGCACUGUCACCCGCCACUACCGGGAGCACCAGAAGGGACGACCCACCAGCACCAACCCCAUUGCCAGCAUCUUCGCCUGGACACGCGGCCUGGAGCACCGCGGCAAGCUGGACAGCAACCCUGACCUCAUCAGGUUUGCGCAGACGCUGGAGAAGGUCUGUGUGGACACAGUGGAGAGCGGGACCAUGACGAAGGACCUUGCUGGCUGCAUCCACGGCCUUGCCAAUGUGAAGCUGAAUGAGCACUUUGUGAACACUACCGACUUCCUCGAUGCCAUCAAGAACAACCUGGACAAGGCUCUGGGCAAGAAAUAGGAGACAGCCUCCCCAUCUCUGGGAUGGAUGGGGCUGGGAGGGACCCAGUGCCCUCCCCAGCUCCCCAGGACAGCUCAGGAACAGUUGAAUAUUUUUUCUAAAGUUUUCUUAGUGUUUCUAAAGCCUUUGUAGCAGGGGAGUGUAGGGGUGGGGGGGGCGUGUGGGGUGUGUCUGUCCAUCCCUGAUUCAUGUACCCCAUACCUGUGUGGUGCCAUUAAAUACCACCCCAGCCACAGCACAGUACCUGGCACAGCUUUACACUGCGGGCUGGGGGCAGCCAGAGCCCUCAGCUCAGCCUUGCCAGCCUGGGAGGGCUGUGCACUCCAGCAUUUUGGCAUGGCCCUGAGGGGAGCACAGGGGGGUCUCCAGCCCUGCUGUGCUGAGGAAGGGUCGGGCAGGCCAAGGCUGUGGCCAUCUCCAUCCUGCCCCAAGGCUGGUAGGGGUAGUAGGCACACCCAGAACCAGCCCAGGGCUUCUGGGGAUGGGGCAGAUGGUGCUCAGCCACUGACAGAAAGUGUAGGGGGUGUGUGGGGUCAGCACAGGUGUCCCAGACCCUGCACCCAGGCUGGUCCCCAGGUCCUGAUGCCUGCCAGGACCCGACCCAGCUCUGGGUACUCCUGGGGGGCAGUGCUGUGGGUGCUGUGAGUCCUUUGCCCCACAGCAGAGAGUGAAGAGCCCAAAGAGUGGUCCCAGACUGGGCACUGCCCCAGCUGCUUCCCCGCCACGUCCCUGGGCACGGAGGAGGCAAACCCCCACCUCACAGGCUGCCCCAGUGAGAGCCUUUUCCUCCAGCCCCAGAGUAGCCGGGGGGUAAGGAGGGGAUGCCAGUUCCCAGUUCCUCAGGGGGGGCUCUGCCCAGGACCCCACUUUGGCCCUCAGUCCCUCAGAACCCCUCUCCCCACACAGACCACACAGCUUACACAGGUUUACAAAGCACAUUGGUUGAAGGGAACUGAACUCAGUGAAAAGAUAAAACCAACCACGCGGCACAUCUGAAAAAAAUAAAUUACUUUCAAAAUAC